AUUUCCAACGAAACAUUGCCAGCAUCCCAGCUCGAGCAUCUGCAGCGAGAGAGGACGAGAGAGGAUCCUCGUCUUUACGAAAAGCCUCCUCAAUGAGUGCCAAGCUCUCCAAGGAGUUGAGGCUCUCCCUGCCACCCUGCCUCUUGAAUAGGACAUCUGGCUCUUCGAAUGCCAGUACCACCUGCAUCACGCAAAUGGGGCAGCUCUUCCAGUCUUUCUCUUCCACUUUUGUUUUAAUUGUUCUGAUCGCCCUCAUCUUCUGCCUGAUUCUCCUCUCCCUCAUUACUUUCCAUGUCCACAAGAGGAAGAUGAAGAAACGGAAAAUGCAAAAGGCUCAGGAGGAAUACGAACGGGACCACUGCAGCAGCACCAGCACUGAGGCAGGUGGCUCAUGUGAAAUACCUCAAGGAAGAGAAUCAUCCAGGCUGGGAAGAACCACCCAGGAUUCUAAUAUCCAGUGUACUUCUGCUCCAGAACCACAGAAAACACAUCCUGAAAGAUCAUGUUUGGACACAGAUACUCCUGGGCUUUUGCACACAGUGGUAUUGUCUUGA